CCCAAACUCUGCACAUAAGCUCCAGAGAGCAGCGGCAGACAGCAGCCACGGUCCUCUCUUUGGUUUUCUCCGUCAUUGAUUUGAUGAAACAUAUGGUGCUUUAUAACCUACCAUAGGGUGUUUGAGGGAGUCCCUGAACCAAGACAGCGGAUUUACUACGGUCUGAAAAUGAAUUGUGCAAGAGUUUUACAGGCUUUAAGCCAUCCCCAGUCGGCUGUAAUACCAGUUGACCUGGCCAUGUGUCUGAGCCUCAGCCAGCGCCAGCCUCUUUAUCAACUGCUGUCCAUGUCUCCUCUGAAACCCACACAGCAUCGCACUCAGCCAAGUGACAGUCUGCCGAAGGCCGGCCUUCCCUCCUCACAUCACCCAUCCUCAUCCUCCUCAUUUUCAUCGUCAUCGCUGUCCUCCUCUUACAUGUCUUUGGAGCGGCGGAGCUGUUUCCGCAGGGACAGUGGCGGCAGUGCGAGCAAGAAGCGUGUAGUGUUUGCAGACGCCAAAGGACUAGCACUCACUGCUGUGCGUCUGUUCAUUCCUGAGCCCUCUUCCCCUACUUCUACCCUGCUGAUUAGACCCCCACCAGCCAAACUGGAAGGCCAACAGUCAGUCGCCAACAAAAUGCAGCGCCCCAAGUUGCGGCUGGGUUUCCCUCAGCCAACACUGGACUUUAAAGCCUUCCUUGGACGCUUGCGAGAAACAAAUGUGCAGCUGGAAAGCUGCAAAAUUUCAGAGCACUCCUUAAGUGGCAAAGUGUGGGCUUUCCAUGUCAGCACUGAGAGGGCUGUGCAUGUGAGGGUGACCUUUGACUCUUGGCGGAGCCAUCAUGACAUUCCCUGCACGUUCUUGCAGCAGCAGCGCUGUGGGGGUUCUAACGUGGAUGUUUUCAGCUUUGAUUUAAGCUUACCCCAGAACAUUGAUCCACAGGAACGAAUGGAGUUUUGUGUGUCAUUCAGGCCCGGUCAUGCUGGCUCCUUGGCACACUGGGACGACAACAGGGGGCAGAAUUACAGAGUGUUCAUGGAAAAAGAUGAAGCAAAUGCUAACCAAAGCAACCUUAGCCGUUUUUACCCCUCACUCACAGCGCACCGCCCGCCAUCAUGGCCUUCACACGUGUCUACUGGUCUGCAGAACUCCGAUGUACAGCAUCUUCAGAGGACUUUGUCAAACAGAGUCAGAGCAGACUGGAAAACCCUGUGUUCAGUUAAAUAGACCUGUGAGAUAAGCAUAUGCUUUCUCAGCAGACCUGUGUGUAAUUAUCUGAUGUGAAUAUUUUAUUUAUCAAGUAUUUUUAAGACACUUUUUGCUUUAAAAUGCGCAUAAACUAUGUAAAAUCUCCAGUGCUGGAUGGCCUGAAACCCACUCUUUAACAUGGCUCACAUUCAUGAGCUCAACUACCCUGCUGAAAUGUGAAUAUUAUAUUCUGCAAUAAUAUUCUGAUUAAAUCUGUUGAAAAGAAAA